UGAAAUUAAUCACAGAAGAUCGAUUUGAUAAAACAGUAAGAAAGGGGGAGAAAAAAUAAGAAUGGAAAAAGGGUCUUUCUCGUCGAGUAAAGGAUCCGACUCGGCCGAUUUCGAGGCCGAGUUGACCCUGAGCGACAAGCUCAAAGUCUUCAAAACCUCCAAUUUCGAUCCCCAGAAUUAUGUCACCAACCACUGCGGUGCCAUGAGCGAAAAGGAAAUUAGGCACCUAUGCAUUUACCUUGUGGGCUUGAAGAAGGCCUCUGCGGAAGAAAUGAGAAAGAGUGUUUAUGCCAAUUAUGCAUCAUUCAUAAGAACAUCAAAAGAAAUUUCCGAUCUAGAAGGAGAGCUAGUCUCCUUAAAGAACCUCCUAUCUUCGCGCGCAAACAUUAUCCACGACAUAGCAGACGGUGUUCAAGUAGAAUCGCUCCACGACGGAACCGACCAAUCAAGAGACGACUCAUCCACCGUAGAUUUCGAAGACAGAGAGCCCACAAACUUCGAUCAAUGGCUCUCGAAAUUCACCGAGAAUCUCGAAGUCCUAUUGGCCGAGAGAAGAGUCGAAGAAGCCCUAUCCGCACUUGACGAAGCCGAAAACGUAGCAGCACAAGACCAACUAACCCCCACAGCACUCCUCUCUCUCCAAAACUCCAUCAUGGAAAACCGGCAGAAACUUGCCGACCAAUUAGCAGAAGCCACCUGUCAGCCCUCCACAAACGGCUUCGAGCUCCGCUCCUCUGUUCAAGCAAUGAAACGGCUAGGCGACGGCCCACGAGCCCACACCUUACUACUAAAGUCACACCAGCAAAAACUGCAGAGGAACGCGCAGUCUAUUAACCCUUCGAGCGCUGCUUACGGCACUGCAUACACAACCGCACUUUCGCAUCUCGUUUUCUCAACUAUAGCCCAAGCAGCAAAUGAUUCUUUAUCUAUAUUCGACGACGAACCAGCUUUCACCUCUGAGCUGGUCACUUGGGCUGUAAAUCAAACUCAGGCGUUCGCACAGCUUCUCAAGAAAAACGUUGUGGCUGCCCCUGCAGCAUCUGGUUGUUUAAGGAUAGUUACUGAGUGUGUUCAUGUCUGCUUAGGGCAUUGCUUGUUGUUAGAAGACCGUGGAUUGGCGCUUUGUCCGACAUUAUUGAGAAUCUUUAGGCCGUUUUUGGAACAAGCACUUAAUGCGAAUUUGAAAAGAAUCGAUUUAAGCACCGCUGCUAUUGCAGCUUCUGAUGAUUGGUCGCUGUCUUAUCCGCCUGUUGCUGGCCGUGGGUGGGGCGCUGCAGCUGCUUCUGUUACUAGUGUGGUGGCUUCCCAGCAGAAGCUUUCGAGCAGCGCUCAUAGAUUCAAUACUAUGAUUCAGGAGCUGUGUGAGGAUAUUGGCUCUCUCGAGAUCCUGCAGCUAUCCGAACAAGCUUUGGAAGGCGUUCUUCAAUCGUUCAACUCCUACGUGAACAUGAUGAUAAACGCGUUUCCUGGUUCGGUAGAAACCGAAAACUUGGAAGGUUCCGGAAGGAGGAUAGUUAAAAUGGCCGAGAGUGAGACACAGCAGAUCGCCUUGAUGGCGAACGCGUUGUUAUUGGCCGACGAGCUUCUUCCUCGAGCAACAAUGAAGCUUUCGUCAGGUAAUAGAAGUGAUGUUGACCAGUCAAGGAGAGGCUCGGACAGGCAGAGCCGUAUGCCUGAGCAGAGAGAACUGAAGAGAAGGCUUCAACGGCUGGUUGAUCAGCUGAGAGAUAGCUUCUGCCGCCAGCAUGCACUUGAGCUUAUAUUUACCGAAGAUGGCGGCGUUCGAUUGAGCGCUGACAUGUACUUGAGUAUGGAUGAAGGGAGAGAAGAACCCGAAUGGUUUCCUUCUCCUAUUUAUCAGGAAUUGUUUGUGAAGUUGACUAGUAUAGCAAGUAUUGCAUCUGAUAUAUUCGUGGGAAGGGAAAGAUUUGCCACUAUUCUCUUGAUGAGAUUUACAGAGACAGUGAUAUUAUGGUUCUCCGACGAUCAAAGUUUCUGGGAAGAAAUCGAAGCUGGUGAAAGGGCGUUAGGACCACUCGGGCUUCAACAGUUUUAUUUGGAUAUGGAGUUUGUGAUACUUUUUGCGUCUCAAGGGCGUUACUUGUCUCGAAAUCUGCAUCAAGUGAUGAAGAACAUUAUUGCAAGAGCCAUUGAAGCAGUUCAGGCAAAUAAUAUUGAUCCAUACAGUGUGUUGCCUGAGGAUGAGUGGUUCGCUGACGUGGCGCAAAUCGCGAUAAAAAUGCUGACGGGGGAAGCCAGUUUCGAACAUGCUGAGAGGGAUAUGAACAGUCCAACAGCAUCAGCAAGAUCUCCAUCAUCUGCCCAUUCUCCUGGAAGUGCAUAGACAGUUUCAAUUUUAACUUUACCUUAAAAAAAUUGUACUCAAGUUCAAUCGAGUUUCGACAUACAUUAAUCGAACCAAAUACGAGUUGCACGAUUCUUUUAUUCAUAUUUAUGUCGUGAACCAAACUCAAUUUCAAUUAGCUUUCAGUGGUCAAUGCCGAUCGCCAUGAUUA